GCGCUAGAAUUGGGGAAAAACCGGCCCAGGAGACCGAUGCCCCAUGACCAGUCGCCCAUCUUUCUGCCCCUUUUCCUCUGCGAAAUAAGGGUCGGCAAGCUGUUCGAUGAAGAAAUGGGAAGAGUGAUGGGGAGGAAUGAUAAGCGUGCUCGGUCUUCUUGGAGGUUGCUGAGAGAGAACGGGGGCCUCGGCCUGGCAGCGAUCUCCUACGUGUCAGUGGACUACCUCCGAUACUUGUCCCCCUCAUGGCACGAACGUCUUCAGCCCGCCCUCUGGAUCGCGCUCUCUCUCGCCGCCGUUACCCGUGUCCCGUUCUACCGAAAUUGGACGGCUGAACUCCGAGCAGCAAUUCCCUUCCUCGCUUCUCUCAUCAUCAUGCUCUCCGCUCUUCUCUUUGAAGCCUUAUCCGUUAGAUUCUCCACCGCUGUGCUCGGCCUCGAUUGGCACGUAUCUGCAUCUCCUCUUCCUGAUACUGGCCAAUGGUUGUUAUUAUCAUUGAAUGAGAAACUUCCUCAAUUGGUGGUUGAUAUACUUCGGGCUCACAUUGUUGGGCUACAUCAUUUUCUAAUGUUAUUCAUUAUGCUAGGAUUCUCUGUAUUAUUUAACUCUAUUAGGGCCCCUGGUUUGGGGCUUGCUGCAAGGUAUAUGUUCACAAUGGCUAUAGGUCGUCUUCUACGAGCCAUAACCUUUGUGUCUACAAUUCUUCCUUCAGUUCGACCUUGGUGUGCUUCAUCAAGAUUUUCUGUCCCAGCACAUCCUCAUCCUUGGGCUCAAAAAUAUUAUGUUCCAUAUGCUUCUGAUCCUAAUACUAUUCGUAUGCUAAUACAAAGUGAUAAUCAUUUUGCAACUGUUAAGGAUUAUCCUGCUGAAUAUCGGCCAGACUGGGGAAAGAUGAGUUUCUUAAUAGAUAUAUUAAGACCUAAUGUCGCUGAGGGAUCUACAUGGUACCAAUUGUUGAAAAAAGCUGGCGGUGGUUGUAAUGACCUGAUGUAUAGUGGUCAUAUGCUUGUUGCAGUGCUGACUGCUAUGGCAUGGAUGGAAGCUUACGGAGGUUGGACGUCUGCUUUGAUAUGGUUCCUAGUCCUCCAUAGUGCACAGAGGGAGAUUCGUGAACGCCACCAUUAUAGUGUGGAUGUUGUUGUUGCUAUCUAUGUUGGUAUUCUUUUAUGGAAGAUGACCGGCUUUAUAUGGUCGAACAAAGACACUUCUAAAUCCAAACGACUCGCCAGGCUCGAUGAACUUCAAGGUAGACUAACACAAGCAGUAAAGGACUCAGACAUAGAUGAUAUAAGAGAACUCUUGAAGGAAGUGGAGUUGGCCGGCCAAGAGCGAGGAGGUUUCCCCCAAUGGAUGAUAUAUGUGUUUGCAGUAAUUGCCACUUCUUUCAGCCUCGCCACUGUUUUAUUCGCAUUCACGUUGACUAGUGAUGGCUGAUCUCUCACAAGAUUAUUGCAGGAUUCCUGGUGAGCUAUUUUCUGUAAUUUUAGCUAAUGGUAUUUUUCUCCCAUUCUAGCAUUUCGUAUUUUGAAAGGUUUACUUGGGCUGAUAAAUCAUCAUUUGCUAGAGUAUGGGGCAUUGGCUUGUAUGUUAGGGAGUUUUUAAGACAAUUUUUUUUCCCUGUUUGAUUCCCUCGAGAAAAACUAGUAUUCAGUUGUGUUUAUUCAUCUUUUAUAGUUUACCUUCCAAAAAACCAGGCUACUACGGUUUAGGGAAAGAUCAUAAUUCGUGUUUCACUAAUCAAUUAAAUUUGACAGUUUAA